AUGUAUGUAACCGAAUUUCAGAAACGUGGACUACCACAUGUGCAUAUGCUACUCAUCUUGGAUAUUGAUGGCAAGUUACGGGAACCUGAAGAGUAUGAUAGUGUGGUGAAAGCAGAAAUACCACGACAUGAAUCUAAACCAGAAUUGUAUGAAGCUGUGUUAAAACACAUGAUCCACGGGCCAUGUGGAGUAUUGAAUCAAAGCUCUCUGUGUAUGAAGAAUGGUCAUUGUAAAAAAAGAUACCCAAAAGACUUUUGUGAAGAGACGCGUCAGGGAAAUGACUCAUAUUCUGAGUACAUGAGAAGGUUUGGUGAUCCCAUUUAUUUAAAUAGAAAUAAGUCUGUUGAUAAUAGAUGGGUGGUUCCUUAUAAUCCAUGGUUGUUGUUGAAGUACGAUUUUCACAUCAAUGUUGAGAUUUGCAGCAGCAUCAAAAGUAUUAAAUAUUUGUAUAAAUAUGUUUACAAAGGUCCUGAUCGAGUUGCAAUGGAGGUUCACAGAGGUACAGGUAUGGAUGAGAUUCAACAAUAUGUUGAUGCAAGAUGGAUUUGUGCUCCAGAGGCAUUGUGGAAAAUAUUUAAAUUCACACUUUACAAGUUAUACCCCUCUGUUGAAAGACUACAAAUCCACUUGUCAAAUCAUCAUCAAGUGCGGUUCUAUAAGCAUCAAAGAAUCACAGAUGUACUAAAUGAUAACCAAAAUGCAGUAACCAUGCUCACUGAGUUCUUUGCACUAAACCAAAUGGAUCCACAUGCUAGGAAUUAUUUAGGUCCAACAAGCUGGAAAUGCCUUCUUACACAUAAUGGUGCAUGUUUUUUCACGUUCAAAAAAGCAGCUGAGGAUUGGGGGUUAUUAGAGAGUGACAAUAGUAUUCGUGAAUGUAUGCUUGAAGCAUCAAAUAUGCGCAUGCCAUAUGCUUUACGAAGGUUGUUUGUGACUAUAUUAAUUUUCUGUGAACCAACUGAUGUUAGAGGCUUAUUUAAUGAGUUUUAUCCCUACAUGGUAGAGGAUUAUCAAAUGACAAAUAUUGUUGUGGGAAAUAACUUUGAAGAUAUGUUAUUGAGGGAAUUGAGAGAUCUUUUGCUGCUACAUGGAAAACUAAUCAAAAACUACGAUCUUCCAAUAUUGACAAUGGAAACAAAUGAAGUCGGGGGAGUGCCAACAAUUAUUCAAGAAGAGUUGUCGGUCCAAAUUCCAGAUGAAGACAUUCAAUCAGUUGAGAAGUUAAAUAAUGACCAGAUGAGUGCUUACAAUACAAUUAUGAACGCCAUCCACCAAUAA